UUCGCUAUUAAUGAGUGUCCGCAAUUGUACAUAGGCAAGCGAAAGAAAUGUACACGAAACUCGAUAUGAGAUACCUAGGCAUGAAGGUGCUAUGCGCUGUGGUAGUUUUGAUAGCUUUGACAGAUACAUCACACAUUAUUGCGCCUUGAAACAUCUGAUAAUUGAUGGGAAAUAUUUAACAGUACACACGCAUUGACCUAUGAAACACACACAUUCACGACAAAAGGCUAAUUGGUUGAAGCAAAACUAAAGCGGACAUAUGAGAAUCGAAAGAAGGAGAUAUCAUAUAGGGAAUACGUUGGUUUUUACAGCUUCUAAAUAAGUUAUGUUUUAAAUCAGAAACUUCCACAAAAAUGUGCGCACAGUUAUAGGUUAUGCCUGUCUAUAUAUAAGUUUUGCGCAAUGGGAGCUUUGAAGAGCCUACCCAUGCAAGUUGCAGUACAACGGUCAGCAAACGAUAGCAGCCAUUCCUGUCGUCAACAGAUAGUGCUGUUCACAGGUUCUUCCGAAAAGCUUGCGAUAUCAUACGCAUCUCGAGUUGCACUGGAUCCUUUAAAACGCUUCAAAGUCUUGGUUGCUGUUUCGUCAUUAUCAUGCGGAGAGAAUCUCAACGAUACGCGCAUCUUGAAAUGUUUAAAUAAGACAUUGUUUAUGCUGAAAAUGAACGUCUCUGUUACAAGCGACACGCAGCGCGUUAUUAAUGAAAUAAAAGAACAAGAAGGCCGUUUAGACGCUGUUGUGAUUGUGUCUGACAUUCGCCUUGCUGGUCCACUCGAAGAACACACCUAUAGCCAAAUUGAAUCAUUGUUUGAAGACAAUGUAUAUUCAACUACGAGAAUAAUUCGCUCGGCUAUGCCUAUAUUUAAGAAACAAAAUUUUGGUAAAAUCUUGGUGACAAAUACUCUAGCUGGAAUCGUCGGGAUACCGUUUCAUUCCGCUUACAGUGCAACGAAGUUUGCUGUUAAUGGCCUCUUGGAGUCGUUGGCGCCCGAGUGUUACCUUUUCAAUAUAUAUGUAUCCAUUUUGGAAACAAAUAUUUCAAACGAGUCGGACAAGAAUGCCGAGGCUCUACGAUUGGCUAUGGGAAGCACUGGAAGCGAUACGUCAGAGUUGGACAGCAUCACUACUGACUACUAUGAGAAGUUCAAUAAUCGCCUGAAUACGACCAGAUCAUCAAUGAAUAAGCCAAAUCCCAAAAAACUAGGGGAUGCAAUAAAGAAUAUACUGCUAACUCCUAAACCUCAUUUUCGCUACCAGAUUGACCGCAUUUGUAAACAAGCUGCACGCAGCAAACUGACUGAAACUGAGGGCGAUGCAUUCAUCAAGGAAGCUGUAAUGAAAUACAUCCCGAAUGAUGAUUGAACUGCAUCAUACUUUUAAACGAUCAAAAAAUUUGCAUCUGUAGAGUUUUUAUUUAAAAUUUCAUCUACUACUGAUCGUGCAUAUCGACUGCAUGUUUUCUUUAAAUUCACCCUGUGACAAAACAUCACUGCAUCAUUUCUUUUUAGUAACUUUCACAUUUAUGAUUAUCGUAAAGCAUGAAACGAAAAGUACAAAUGAAUUGUGUCCAUUGCAAACUUAUUUGGAGUUAGUUCAGGUUGAACGCAAAAUUUAUUAGCAGAAGAAUUUAGCAAUAUCUUGAGCCUUAAUUAAAAAACGUUUAUAGUUAAA